AUGUUUGUUCGAGGUCUCGAUCAAGACAAUCUUCUUCUCAGUCGGUUCAUCGUCACUUGCUCUGACAAAGGUCUUUUGGACCAUGCUACUUCGGUGUUUUUUCAUAAGACUCGCAAGAAUAUAUACCUUUACAACACCAUGAUCAAAGCUCUUUCGAGUAAUUCUCGUGUCAAAGACGCUGUCUUUAUCUACAACGAAGCACGAUUUAUUGGGUUAAGACCUGAUUCUUACUCAUUUCCUUUUUUGUUAAAGGGUGUGAGUCGUUUGGGUGAGGGUGGUUUGAGUUUCGGAAGAUGGAUUCAUUGUCAUGUAAUUAGUGCUGGUUUUGAUACCGAUGUUCAUGUAGGAGUAGCGUUAGUUCAAAUGUAUGCGUCUUGUGGGUAUGUUCGCGAUGCAAGGAAGGUGUUCGACGAAAUGCCCCUAAGAGACGUGGCAACUUGGAACGCAAUGAUCUCUGCGUAUUGUAAAGUUGAUGAGGUGGAGAGAGCUUGUGCCUUGUUUGAGAUUAUGCCUGAAAGAAAUGUGAUCUCUUGGACAUCUUUGAUUUCAGGCUAUGCUCAAGUGAACAAGCCUUGUGAAGCUGUUGCUCUUUUUAGAAGAAUGCAAACAGAUGGAGUGCUCCCUGAUGAAGUCACAAUGUUAGUCACACUCUCAGCUUGUGCCCAAUUGGGUGCAUUAGAGCUAGGUGAAUGGAUUCAUAACUACAUAGAUAAAAACAAUAUACACAAAACUACAUCCCUCAACAAUGCACUUAUUGACAUGUAUGCAAAAUCAGGGAACAUAAAGAAAGCAAUAUGGGUCUUUGAAAACAUGAAAGAUAGAUGUGUUAUAACAUGGACAACUGCCAUUACUGGAUUGGCUUCACAUGGUUUAGGAAAAGAAGCUCUUGAAAUAUUUUCUAGAAUGGAAAGAGCUCAUGUUAGGCCAAAUGAAGUUACACUGAUUGCAGUUCUUUCAGCAUGUAGCCAUGGGGGAUUGGUGGAAUUAGGUCUUUGGUAUUUCAACAAUUUGCUUCCAAGAUAUGGAAUUAAACCAAGGAUUGAACAUUAUGGAUGCAUGAUUGAUCUACUAGGAAGAUCUGGAUGCAUAUGUGAGGCACAAGAAGUACUAAACUCAAUGCCUUUUGAAGCAAAUGCAGCUAUUUGGGGUUCACUUCUUGCAGCAUCUAGACUUUAUAGAAAUGUGGAGAUUGGGGAAAGAGCUUUAAAACAUUUGAUCAAAUUGGAGCCACAUAAUAGUGGAAACCUUUCUUUACUUUCGAAUAUAUAUUCUUCUGUGGGCCAGUGGAAUGAAGCUGGAUUCACAAGGAAAGUGAUGAGAGAUACUGGUGUGAAGAAGAUAUCAGGUGUGAGUUGCAUUGAAUUGAAUAAUAGAGUUCAUGAGUUUGUUUCUGGAAACAGUUUGCAUCCUCAAUAUGAAAGAAUACAUGAAGUUUUGUCUGAGUUAAAUAGACUAAUAAGGGUUGAAUUUUAA